UGCAGUUCGAAACAACACAGCUGCGCAGAUUACCCAAUCCGGCCAACACCAUCUCAAACUACCCAGCUAUAAGAUUAGCUCUUUGUACCGGGUUUCUCUGUCCAGUAACUCGUUUAUCCACGGUCCUUACGCACGAAACAACUAUCCUCCCUUGAUCAAACAACCUCACCAUGAAGCCCACACACGCCUAUCUCACCGCUGCCCUCAUCAGCGGAGCCCUCGCCGCCCCAGGCAGCACUCUCGCCCAACGCAUGCGCCACAGAUCGCUGGAUCACCUCACCCUCCCAUUGCAAGACCAAGGCUCGAGCACAGACUCCGAAGCGAGGGUAGCCGGCGCCUCCGUGCAAUACAGCAACAACUGGUCGGGGGUGGUCCGCGAGCAAGCACCUCCCGAAGGCCCGUACACCGCCGUGACAGCCACAUUCACAAUCCCCACGUCGACGGCGGUAGCCAACCAAAAUGGAGUGCAGGCCGGUUCGGUCUGGGUCGGCAUCGACGGCGACACCUACCCGGGGGCCAUCCUGCAAGCCGGGGUGGACUUCUACUCCGACCCCAAUCAACAGAAUCACGCGUGGUUCGAAUGGUACCCGGCGUAUGCGACCAAUUUCCCGAACAUCGACGUGAACGAAGGCGACACGAUUGUCUCGACGGUUCGGUCUACUUCCCCGAGUGAGGGUAUCGCGAUCAUCGAGAAUAAAUCCACGGGACAGAAGGUGUCGCAGACGGUGACUGCUCCUGCGCCGACGGCGACGCUGGUGGGCCAGAAUGCGGAGUGGAUUGUGGAGGACUUCCAGUCGGGCGACUCAAUGGUCGUCAUGGCUAACUUCGGGGAGGUCAAGUUCAGCGGGGCGCAGGCUGAAGCUGGGAAGGCUGUAUAUGGAUUGGAUGGCGGAGCGAUUGUUGAGCUGAAGCAGAACGAUAAGGUGCUGACACAAACGGAGGUUACGGGCAACAACGAUAUGACGGUCAGAUUUAUUGGAGCAUGAUUGUACAUGUUCUGAAAACAGUUUUACCCUUUCUUUUUUUUCGCAGUCACUUGGUUGUUUGUUUACUUUUUCUUCUUCUGGUUGUUUGUUAUGUGUCG